AAUGACAUAAGUCCGAGGAGCAGUCUCCGGAUUGGGCGUGGGAGGGAAACAAGUAGUGGGGAAUCGUGAAGAAUCAAACGGCCCCUCAGGAUUUUCUGCCUUUUUAUUAUUUCAUUGUUCUCUUCAUCAUUCAUCCAGUACAGUCUUCCUCGAGGACGGUCUCGGCGUUCUUUUGCCCCUAGAAGCUAAAAGGGACGCCUUCUGGGAAAGUUUCACUCCGUCUCUGGAACUCAAUAUUUUUCUUAGGCCCUACCAGAUUCAACUGGAUCGUUAUGUCGGAAGGAGCGAAUACUGAUCCGUCGGCGUCGCACACGGCCCUCUUCCUGUUCAAAGAAGACAACCCGCUGAGACAGAAGACCAAAGCUAUUGUCACAUGGCCACCAUUCGAAUACAUCAUUCUCGUAGUGAUCGUCAUCAACUGCGUUAUCCUCGGGUUCGGACUCUACUUGCCAGAAGAUAACAAAACUGCACAAACUCUGGAAAAGACAGAGAUCUACUUUCUUCUUAUAUUCAUUUUUGAAAUGGUGUUGAAAUGCGUCGCAUUCGGUUUCUGCCUUCACCCCGGCUCGUACAUCCGAAACCCCUGGAACAUAAUCGACUUUUUCGUCAUUGUCGUCGGAAUCCUUUCGUUUUUCCCGCUCGGGAUCGAGCUCAGCGUUCUCAGGAUGCUCAGGGUUGUCAGAUUGCUCAGGUUAUUCCGCCUCGUUAAGAUCCUCCGUAACAAGAACUAAACAUUCGGACUGGAGGGCGGCGAACAACUGCACAGAGAUUCGCAGAUGGUACAAAUUCUGCUUUGACCCGCUUUUUGCAAUGUACUGUAUUUUGUUAUGACAAUGUAUUUUAUUAUUAUUGUUGCAUUAUUUUGUUAACGUAAUGUGUUCAACAGUGAGUUGAUUUAUGUAAUUUAAUACAUAUGUACUAUCAUA